AUGUUGAAUUGCAAUAGUGCUGAAACUCCGGCUGAGAUGAAUUUGAAGUUUGGUAAAGGGAAAGGUGAGCCUACUGCUGAUGAAACUCUCUAUAGAGAAAUUGUGGGGAGUCUAAUGUUCAUCUGUCACACUAGACCAGAUAUAUCCUAUGUUGUUGGCCUAGUGAGUAGAUUCAUGAGUCAGGCAAUGUGCCUAUCUACAUUGCUCAAGGAUUUGAAGGUAGCUAUUGAAGAAAUUAUGGAGUUGCAAGUUGGAAGUAAGUCAGCAAUUAAUCUUGCUAAGAAUUCAGUCUCACGUGAUCGCAGUAAGUAUAUUGAGACUAAGUUUCACUUCAUCGAAAAUCGAGUGAGCAAAGGAAAGAUCAAGCUGAAGCAUUGUGGUACAUAA